AUGUUGGAGGUUCGAGUACCGGGUACGGAUUCGACAAAAAUACCUCACGGCCGUGAUAUGAUCUGCGCAUCAACUUCGGACUCUCCUAUGAUCAGGCUCACCGUCAGUGCGGAUGGGACAAGGUCAAGAUAUCCACACAUUAGCGGUUGGCGCAGGGGCGCACAUGCAUUGUUAAGGGAUCGGCUGCGCCGCUCGUGGUGCCUCUAUGUAACCAACAUGUUAGUUGGCAUUUCCAUCACAAGCCUAAACAUUAACACAAGCAAACAGUCCGAACCGAGUGCCCAAGACAAAGUCAGAGAUGACUCAAGUUCAACCUGCUCCGCGAACGAGGAGAAUCAAGCAACAAUAGUCCGUGGCAAGGAACACGAAUCAAUGAGCAUGAUCGCAAAGCCUUCCCGUUACCCACAGUUCCCCCCACUCAUGAAUGCAUACGGUCAUUGGAAUCUGAUGUCGAUGAAGACUUUCAGUCUCUGUGGCUCUAGCAAGGACGAGUGCUUGUUUGCGAUCGAGAUGCACACUGGCUACGGCUGCAAAGGUCCACUUGGGCCCAGACCAGGUUUGAACCUGCACAAUGGAACGAGCAGGAAGGACCCCAUCAUCGCUGCAGCCGGAGACGGAUCCCAAUGGGCCGCCCGAAUCUACUCAUUUAAUGUCAACAGUGUCAUCCUGCUACCACCGCUCCGGCCCGACGCGAAAACCUUGGCUACUGAGUUGAUGCAUGGAACGAUUACUGGUGACGGCCGAGUCACCUUUCAUUUCUCUAUCGAGGUUAGCUCUGGCAAGAAGAUGAGGCGUGAGAAAUUCGAGUGGAGGAGGAUGAAGGAGGGCGACGAUGACACCAAGAGAAGUGGGUUCAAGCUUGUGCGGCUCUUUUCCAAUACGCGAGAGGCGUCCUCGAGUAAUGAUAACAGCAACAUCGGCGAAGAACAUCCCCCAUCUGAGACCUUUGCUGUGCUUGAGUGGAUAAAAGGCUGGUCAGGCUUCAAACAGGCAUUCUCCCUCCAGUUGGGCAAUGGGCAGUCAGACGCCCUGGGAGAACGCUGGACGCUUAUGGUUGUGAUGACCGCGUUGAGGAUCUGGUACCUGCGUGUGUGCGGCAAGGCAAACAAAGCUGUUGUUGGCAUAGGCGAGAAAAUCCGAAGCAAAUAAUUCCCCUGGAUGAUAAUCUGAGCUGGAAAGCUGGCUUAUCUCCUGUUAUAAUGUUUAUUUCCGAACUUGUCUUGAUACUGAAGCACAUUCUUAAAUGUGACCACCGACCUUGAACUCUAUGAUGGCCCGGAGCAAGAGCUUCGUUCCCGUGCUUCCGGCUUUCGGAAUAUCUAUUUGUUCAGUCAGUCCGUCUACACCUCGUAACUAAGUCGUAGAUAUUGGCUGAGAUAGGUCGGAGCAUCCCUCUUUGUGUC